AUGAUUCGACAUUAUGGUAAAAAUUCGAUUUUUACUGCUAAACAAACGCUUCGAAAGACAAUUGCUGCCGUUGGGAGAAAUCUAAGCCAAGAAGAAGUUGAUUCACAAAGUCAAAUUAUUAAUGCAAAGAUUUUUAAAAGUGACUGGUAUGCUAAAUGUAAAAGGAUCUCAGUUUAUGUGAGUACGGUUGGAGAGGUUAAUACAACGGAUAUUAUUACGGACUGCUUGAAUUUAAAGAAACGACUAUUUGUACCAUAUUUUCAACGCAAUGAUGUUCAUAUGGAUAUGCUGGAGCUUGUUGAUCUCAAGAGUUUCAGUGAUCUUAAGACAUAUAUGUGGGGAAUUCGACAACAUCCAGUUUACGACGAUAGUUUAAGUUGGUUGAAAAGUGGUGCACUGGAUGUAAUGAUUGUACCUGGAGUAGCGUUUACGAAACAAGGUCACCGUCUCGGUCAUGGCAAAGGUUAUUAUGAUCGUUUUUUAUCCGAAUAUCGUCAACAUUUCGAACGAUUACCAUUUACCGUUGGACUUGCAUUAGCACACAGCAUCGUCACUGAAUUACCAUUUACUGACACUGAUAUUCCAAUGGAUUUAGUGAUAUCAAAUGAUUAA